AUGCUAGCUCAUCUAGCUGCUACUACUCGAUGUGCUACACGUAGUGUACUUCCUUGUACUCAUUCAUUAGCCGUCAUCCGUCAAGCUUCAUCGUCGUCAUCAGGUGGCCAUAAAAAAGGCGAAGAACCUGUUGCUGUUUCUACACCAGAGAGCGAUGGUCCUUCACCGAUGAGUCAACGACCACUACCGCCCGAUGACGGCAAAGUCCGUUUUCCAAAUCCAUGGGAUAUUAUUCUUAACAAACGUCGUUACGAAUAUGCAAUGAAAUUCAAAGGAUAUGAUGAUCCAUUCGAUAUGAUGCCAGUUAAACGUAUUGCCAACAGUACACCAGAAAAUCCAAACUUACUACCAAGCUCUAAUGAUAAGCGCCUGAUGGCUUGUAUUUGCAAUGAAGAUGUUUAUCACUUAAAAUGGAUGCAUCUUCAUCGUGGUGAACCAAAACGAUGUUAUUGUGGUCACUGGUUUAAAUUAACCGAACGACAAUAUGUCGACUUAAGCGAUUUUGGUAUCACCGAAGAUAUGCAAAAACCAGCCGCACAUUAA